UCUUCGAUUGAAAAUAUAUAUUUUGAUUGAAGCAACUUUUUAUUUGAUUGAAGCCCAAAAAAUUUUUGAUUGAAUAAUAAAGAGACAAAUCUACCUCCAUACUUUACCCCAUUUGUCCACCAGGUAGCGCCUCAGUACUUCCAGCUACUUCCUCGUGUGCGCGCGUCCCCUCCGAGCAGGAACGCUUUGCACAAUGAAGCUCUCUGUUGGCUCGCGCACGCGCACGGCUCACACGGCCCCUUGUCAAUGGACUGUUUGAGAAGGAGCUCAAACCACGGAUACGCCAAGCAACCGAGAAGAAGAACAAGAAACACCCCGAGUGGAUUUGCCGUCUUUUUUCCCCACUCCGCACUUUAGCCCCAACACGUUUUGGGGUGACCCAGCGAGGAACAUGUGACCGUGACGGCGCGUGGAAAAGAUGUCAAUUACGAAUUAAUUCAAUUUGAGUGUGGAUUAAUUCAUUUUAAUUAGAUUCUGACGCCUAGGAGGACGGCAAUUAAUCGCCUGACGUUUUUUUGUGUCUUUUUGUAUGAGUCCUUAUCGCACUUUCGAGCCACUUUACUCGUGUUUUUCAUUUAUUUAUUAAUUUGUUUAGUGAAUAUUAUUUUUAACUACAUGGGAUCUUAGCAGAGUGAUUUCCCCGCCGUGGUCUUGUUGAAGCCAACCUCACCCCGGAUGGGAGAGGCGACCCCGGCUCAGUCCGCCGCUGGCGCCUUCGGUCCAAUGCUGGCGGUCGGCAUGGGCUCCAUGGCCGCGCACGGCGCUCCCUCGGCGGCCGCCAGAGGCUCGGCUGUGCCGCAGCUCCACAGCGCCAUCGUGGAGCGUCUCCGCGCCCGGAUCGAGCUGUGCAGACGGCACCACUCCACCUGCGAGGACCGCUACCGCCGCGGACAGGCUGAGAGCUCGGACCGAGAGCACGAGAGUACUCUGCAUCUGCUCAACGUCGUGCAGCAGGGGCCGGGGGCGCGCAAGGGCAAGAGCUGCCGCGGGGCUGCUGGACAACCGCCGCAGCCACAGCCGCCUCCGGACUACGGUGCCAGGGGUGCCAACGGGGAGCACAGGGGCGCCGAGCUGGACCACAAGAUGUCUACGCGCAUAGCGCUUCAAGGUUCUUUAAGGAGGAAGUUGGAAGGCCACGCCCCCAAGCAGAACUCGCUUUCAUGCACUUUCGCCGGGUCUGACUUCAAGCGCGUCCGGCUGGAGAUCGGCAGCGGCGGGGCGGGUCGAGGCCCGUGUGACGGCACCUUAAGCCACGCCCACCCAUCCCAAACACCGAGAAAGAACUUCAUGAUCCCGGACGUCUUCAACGCGACCCUAAAGGAGAUGAAGAAGGAGCCCACGGAGUCGCAAUCGUCGUGCGGCCGCUUGCACACCGACGCCAUCUUUGACUUCAAGGAUGAGGGCGGCGGUCACAUCGAUCCGGAGCUGCAGGACCUUUUCGACGAGCUGACCAAGUCGGUGCCGCCACUUAACGACCUGGACUUUGAGAAGAUGCUGAAGCAGGACGAUUCCUUCUCUCUGGAAUUGGGGCGCCCUGGCUCGGCGGGCCUGCGGGCCACGGAGCGCCCCAUCAAAUUGGAACGGUCCCCGGAUUACACCGGGGUACAGGGUGGCUCGCCGCAGCUUCGGCCGUCUUCAGCGGGGCCCUCCUUUGCGUUGACCGCCUCCCCCGCAGGUAGCCCCGCUGCGGGGCGGUCCCUCCCUUGCUGGCCGGAAAUCUCCCAUGCUGAGCAGCUAAAGCAGAUGGCGGCCAACCAGCAUCAGCCUACCUCGCUUCUCCACCACAACCGACAACUGCCACCCGCGGGUCUGUCUGGUUGGGGCUCCCCUGCCUUCCAAGACAAGGGGGCACGGCCGAGGCUCCUCCAGCAGGGUAAAGGCACCAGUAGCUGCCUUUUCAAUUCAAACGGCGUCCACCACGUAGAAAUGAAGCCGCUAACCACCAAGCCCGGGUUGCACUUCAGCCCCAAGGUGCCUCCACUGCCGACGCCCAUGAUGGCCGGCAACAAAACCGACAACCACAGGCAACGACUUUCACCUCAGGAUGGGCAGAACCAGAACAACACACAGCUUCCGACGCCGCAUUUCCAGAAUCGGCAGCACGUCUCCUCGUCCUCGACUCUCCUGCAGGGAGGAGCGUUGCCCUACAAAAUGAGCCCACAUCAUCAGGGUGUCCCCUGUGGACCGAGGCCGCCCGGUAAUGGAAAUCUGGGCCAGCCGCGCCUCCCGGUGUCCAUCCACCAGCCAAAGGCUCCCGUCAAGUCGCCCGUCAUGCAAAGACAACCAAACCAAGUACACAGAGUUGGCAACACCUCGGAAAAAGACGCAUCCCAGGACCAACUCAGCCGCCACCUGACGAGGCCACCGCCAGAUUAUCAAAGAAGCGUCUUCCCUGGUGCAAAUCCAUCGCAGUCGUCCAUGUCCGGCUCGGAGAAGGACCUCCAAUCCAUGUCCUGCCAGCUUUCCGGCACGUCCGCUUCCGAGCUGACCUUGUCAAAUCACCGUUUUGACUGCGGUGGACAGCUCCCCAAUUCCAAUCGAAUGGCGCUAAACCCAAAUAAGCCCAGAUUCCUGGGCCACAACACGCAAGGGAACUCUUUUGUCGCUGAUCAGCAUUCCUCCAGGAUUUUGAUGACCAACAUGAGCUGGCCCGCCGGACUCGGGCAUCAAGCUAACACGCUGGACCAUCAGUUCCCGCAGAGACCCGUCGGACUUCCCAACCAGGUGGCGCCGGAUCUCCAGAUGAUGAUCAGAGAGGCCGGGUCCAGACCCACCCUGCGGCAGCUGAACCGGCCCUCUCCGGAGCAGCGGGUUCCGGCCGCGGGCAACUUCGCCGAGGCCACUUCCGGCGGCUACCAUAGCGGUCGCGCCAACCGAGUGACCUUUGACUUCCUGCCCGAAGGAGACAACACCGUCCCGGGGAUUAACACGGAUUCGGACUUCAUAGACUCUCUGCUCAAGUCGGGUUCGGGGAACGACGAUUGGAUGAAAGACAUCAACCUAGAUGAGAUUCUGGGAAGUCACGCGUGAAUGCGGCCACAGUUUGAUACAUUUGGAAUUUUACACACUCAAAAUGUUUGUUUUUUUGAGUAUGUUUUAUAUUUACUGUGAAGAGAAGACACAUUGACUACUAGAAAAUGCCUUUUCUGGUGAAAUUGUGUGGGGAUUUUUCACUUGUAACUUUUUCACCAAUUCCCAUUGAUAAAGACUAGGAAUGUCCUGAUCACAUAUUUUUGCCCUUAUAAUGCUAAAGCAACAUUCCUUAUUCUUUCAUGUCAAGAUAAGAAAACAAAUCUUACCGUGUUUCCAAAUAAGCAAGAUUGAGCGCAGCCUAGAUUGAGAUACAUCUUAAAGGGAUCCUCUAUUUUUAAGACAAAUAAUUCUUAAAGGAUAAAUGUUAGUAUGGGUUAUAAUAAUUUGAUAUUAAAACCCCUCUUAAUGGUUUUGUUUAAAUAAAGUUUGUAAAAUUAUUUUAAGUGAUAGGUUGCCAUUCUUGUUACGUCAUAGUGCGUGACGUCACCGGUCCCGUUGCCGAAAUUCCAGCGUGUCACUCGUUAGCUUUCCCAACAUGUCGUCAGUUCUACCCUUCCUAUUUGAACCAGAUCUGAAAAGUGAAGAGCAGGACAGCACUGUCGGUCGUUCACAAGACGAGCUUCAGGGAAAAAUACGUGCAGCAAAUACCUGAUAAGACAAAAGUUGGGCAAAACUGGUGAUGCGAGAGAGUGCUGUUGGUAACUCCGGUUGGGAGCGAGAGUGUAUGCUGUUUGGAACUCCGGUUUUAUUAGCAGAUAUUCAAGGUAAGCAUAUUGCGUUUUCAAACUUAUCCCAAUAUAAUUAUGUAGAUUGUUAGCAUCCAAAGCUGUCGUGUGCUUUACAUACAGUACAGGCCAAAGAGCACACCUUGUGUAAUCCAUGUCUUGUACAUUGUAACGCGUGGUAGCUAGGAUACGUGUAUAAAAGUACCAAAAAGGGGAGAAGCUUCAACUUAUGCACAUUUAUUCACAAAAAAUAAUAUUUCCACGUUGACCACUCUUCACUCGGGAGCUCAGCAGUAUGCCAACACGCGUUCCCUGACGAACUCCAACAUUGUUGUAAGGUCCACGUCAGAGUCACUGUCGUCACUGUAGCGUGCCAUAGUGCUUUAAUUAUUCAGUAUGAUUUGGGGAAAACACCCACGAAGAAUAAUCAACAUAAAAGAUAGCAAUAGUAAUCCAAAUCCGCGUUUUUUUACUCACUCGAAGAUCCAGGAGUUAGACCCAUCCCAUGGCAAUGUCGCAGCCGCGAUCAGGCUGUCGAUUCCACAAAAUCGACUGAUCCAAAAAGCCGCUGUGUGACCAACGAAACAAAAAAAAUGGACAGCUCCGAAACCAAUAUUGCAGACGCGGUGGGACCGUUGGAUCCAGAAAAUAGACGGAUCCCCUACUUGACUGAGGAUCCAGGAAAAAUGUUCGGGCGCCAAAUGUAACGCGUGGUGGGUAGGAUACAUGCAUACAGGGACCAAAAAGGGGGAUAAGCUUCCACUUAUGCACAUUUAUUCACUAAAAAUAAUAAUUCCACCUUGACCACUCACUUCACUCCCGUUGUUUCCAUUUGACUGGAAAUUGCAUCCAAAAGCAGCACAUCGUGGCAUUUUACUUCGCGAGUUUAGGCAGCAAUAAGCAAUUGUUGAACACGCUACACAUUUGGAAAGAUCCCAAUGACGUCAUCACUGCGAGCGCGCAAACCAUGGCGCCAACUAACGGUCAAAAUAUGGACUAAAUAUUAUAAAAUAUUGCCAUCGAUUUAACAUUUUAUGUGUUUCUAACAACAUAUUUUAGUACAAGAGAACAAUUGUGGUUUAUUAGAGCCUACAUGUAUUUAAGUUACAGGAUCACUUUAAAGUGGAAGUUCAGGAUUUUUGACAUUAGGCUUAAUCUUCGACUUAGCGCGGGUUUAGUUAAUUG